UUGAAAAUGUUAAUGUAUUGCGCCCACUGUUUAGUGGUUUACCCGUUGAUUUAAAUUUUUAUUAUUAUUUUUUUAUAUUUAAAAAAAAAGAUAUUAUCAAGGAAAUAUAAAUGAAAAAAAAAUUGCGAGGAAGAAAAUAUAAAUAUUAAUUAAAAUAACAUAAAAAUAGUAAAAAAAAAAUAUAAGAAUAAUAAAAUAAUUGCGUCAUAACUUGUGUUAAUCGCGUUUCUUGGCAGUAAAAGUAUUAGUUAUAAUUAAAUAUCUCUAUUUGGUUUAAAAGAUAUUCUGUUUUUUAGUCAGACUAGAACAUUGAUCAAUAUAAUAUACAAGUACAAUUAAAAGGAAGUUACUCCAAUAUAUAUGCAUAUACAUAUUUAUAUAUAUAUAUAUAUAUUUACAAUUUUUUAAUUAUAUUAAAAUAUAAAAAUUUUUUUAUAAAUUUUUGCAAAUCUCAAAAAUAAAUUUAAAUAAUAAAAUAGCAAAAAAAUAUUUAGAUUUUAAGAGUGAAUUACGCAAAGACAAAAGAAAAAUUGUGUUUAAGGCACAAAUUUGAAAAGUUUGAAAGAAAAAAUAAGAAAAAAAUAAUUUUGGAAAAUAAUUAAUAUAAAAUGGAUAAUAUAAGUGUAUUAAUUUUGUUUUCUCUAUGUCUUACCGCAGUUAUUUCUCAACCAGUUGAAAAUAAUAAUAAUAACAAUGGAAAAUGUGAUAAUCAUUGUGAUUAUUCUUUUAAUCCCGUUUGUGCAACAAAUGAGAAAGGUGAAUCGAGAACUUUUAACAAUGCUUGUAUUCUUGAAACGGAAAAUUGCUUGAGGAAAUUAGGUUUUCAAAAAACAGGUGAUGGAGCUUGUCCUUGAAGCCAAUACACAUAUUUAGGUUAUUUAACUCCAAAGCAACUCAAAAAAAAUUAAUUCUUAAGUAAAUUAUUUGUAAUAUUAAUAAAAAUGAAUUUUUAAUUAUACUUAUGAUUUAAGAUCUAGUUAUACAUACUAUAUUUUAAGUAUAUUUAGGGGUCUCUAAUAAACUUACUUUUCAUCUAAUAACCAGAUGAAAAACAUAAAGCUA